CGCUUUGCCAUUACGUUAUCCUCUUUUCUACACAUAUACAAGGAUGCUAGAAAGAGAAGACGUAAUGGAGUGUUCCUGAGUGUCCUUGCAAUGCAAAUCACUUCAGAAUUCGACAGUUUUCACGGACGGGAGUUGCAAUGAAGGCGGGGGCCUCCUCCAUGUGGGCGUCAUGUUGCGGGCUGCUGAAUGAGGUGAUGGGCACAGGGGCGGUCCGCACCCAGCAGCCAGGCUUUGGAGCCGGAGCAGGGCCGUUCCGCUUCGCCCCGAGUGCUGGUUACUCCACCUACCCACCCAGCAGCACCACCUCAGGAAGCGCAGGCCUGGCGUGCAAAGCCUGCGGACUGGCCUUCUCUGUGUUCAGACGAAAGCACGUUUGCUCGGACUGCAAGAAGAGCUUCUGCUCGCUGUGUUCUGUGCUGCAGGAAAACCUGCGGCGCUGCGCCACCUGCCACCUGCUGUGGGGCACGGCCUUCCAGCGGCCCAGGCUAAUGCGACUCCGCGUUAAAGACCUGCGGCAGUACCUCACGCUGCGAAACAUCAACACGGACACCUGCAGGGAGAAAGAGGACCUGGUGGACCUGGUGCUCUGCCAUCUGGGUGCCGAGCUGGAGAUAGGGGAAGAUGAAGAGGAGGAGGAGGUGGAGGAGGCGGAAGCGGACACGGACAGUCUGCCAUCACUUCCGCGCUCUCUCUCCACGCCGCCUGCUUCCACGGCGCGCUCCUCCUCCCAGCAGUCGGCGCUGUCCGUAGCCGUGUCUCAGGGAGAAGCUCUAAGUCGCAGCAAUAGCUCAGGGACAACCAAUCAGGAACAUGUAGAUGCUGCAUCAGUUUCCCUCCUCAACCUGGAGCCUCAUGACGACAUACUGGAGGCGAGCCCAGCGACGCAGAGACGCGCACGUGCCUCCCUCUCGGACCUGUCCCGCGAGGACGACAUCGAGAGCCUGACGGUGCGGCAGCUGAAGGAGAUUCUCGCCCGCAACUUCGUCAACUUUUCAGGCUGCUGUGAGAAAUGGGAGCUCGUGGAGCGCGUCCAUCGUCUCUACAGAGAGAACGAACUCAACAGAAGAUCCAUGGAAAAUGUUAGCAACAGCCUUGCUGCAGUCAUAGCUUACCCACCUCCUAUAUGCAAUGGAGGUAUUGGAGAUGGUGCGCAAAUAGCUCAGCUGGGCGGCGUGGAUGAGAACCUGUGCCGGAUCUGCAUGGAUGCCGUGAUAGACUGCGUUCUUCUGGAAUGCGGUCACAUGGUCACCUGCACCAAGUGCGGCAAGAGGAUGAACGAGUGCCCCAUCUGCAGGCAGUAUGUGGUGCGGGCGGUGCACGUCUUCAAGUCUUAACCACGAGCAUCACCUCUCCUGAAAGACCAACACACCAGAUGGUUCCUACUGGACUGAGCAGGCUGGGACCAUGAGUGACUGGACCGAGAGACUGCUCCUUUAGUUUCACACUGGGUAAAGUGGUGGAAACCGGUACUGUGCACACCUUAUUUACAAGAGCGAACGUUUCCUGUUGCACAUUUUCAUUUGGUCAUUCAUUGACACUUUUAUGAGUUUCUGUGGUUCCUAACCCAGGGAAGAUGGUUUUUAGUGGAAUAAAGUAUAAAAAAUAUAAAAGUUUGAAUGGUUUACAUUGCUGUAAACUUUUUGGAAAUGUGUUAUUGUUUGUGCAAUAUAAGAAAUCUUUACGUGAGCGAGUGUAGAGACCGAUUGCCAUUAAGAUGCAUGUUGUCGUAGCAACAGUGAAGACCAAUGCCGUGAAGAGGGAACAUAGGUGCCAAAGUAGAAAUGUGCAGAACGGCUUCUGGUUUGUUUUUACGUGCUAUAUUAUUAAUAAGCGUGUUAUUUUCAUGUAUUGGCAUAACACAAUUUCAUGACACAGGAUCAAAUGACCCGUUAUUUAUAGCUAGAUGAAACUGUAUCAUAUUUUUUCAGACACACUGGAAUCCAGCAUCUGCCGUUAUGUAGCUUAUUACUGGAACCUCAAUUUUUCUUGGUCAAAUUUUGCAGUAUCUGUCAAAUGUCAGGUUUGUGGUUGGUUUGUCUCCAUUGUGCUGCACCAACAACAUUCUUAAGGAUGUGCUAAGUAAUUUUUAACUGAACAUGUUCGAUAAUAAUAGGGUGGUUAUUAAGGUAAUGGAAGUUUGGCUGGCUGCCAUAAGGAAGGUUCACCUUUAUGUAGUCUCAUGAGUUAUCAAUUUGUCCAAAGCAAAAUUACUUAGUGCACCUUUAAUUGAUUACAUGCCUUGGUAGGUUUUAUUUACACAAUUUUAAUUUUUCACUGUUGGUCAAAAAUUCUGCUUCAAUGUUUUUCAUCUCCAGCAAUACCAUGAAAGACAUCCGGGGUUUUUUGUUUUGUUUUUUGCACCACAUUUACAUGACAACAAAGAUUUCCACAAGCGGUGCUACAUGGAUUUACGCAUUACAAUUCUUUAUUAUAUUUGCUCCAUAGCAAUAUUAUUUGAGUUGAAUAAACUGUUCCUUCCCUU